UUACACAUCCAUCAUCUCGUUUCAAAGUUGCUAGUCAAUCUGACGAUACAGGUCGAUUUGUUGAAGAUUUUCGUACAUGGGAGAAUAAUUCCUAUUAUAAACAGUUUAUAUAUGAAUCACCAUGUGCUGCAGUAGCAGGACUUCUUAUGGAGAGUUCAAUAAGUCGACUUUAUCAUGAUCAUUUACUCGUAAAAGAAGUAAACACGAAACAAAUCACUCCAUGGCAUCAAGAUCAACCUUAUUAUAACAUUGAAGGGAAUCAAACGUGUAGUUUCUGGAUACCUGUUGAUCCAGUUUCUCGUUAUUCAACGCUCGAAUUUAUUGCUGGAUCACAUCGUGAGGGUCGUUGGUUUAUGCCAAGAACAUUCAUGAAUUCAGAAGCAAAAUGGUUUCCCGAAGGGACACUCGAAGAAAUUCCUGAUAUUGAGGCUAAUCGAGACGCAUUUCCCAUCAUUGGAUGGUCCCUUGAACCAGGCGAUGUCAUCGCUUUUCAUAUGCUUACUCUACAUGGUGCUCGAGGAACAAUGGUAAAUGAAGGUCGUCGGCGAGUUUUUUCUGUUCGUUUUCUAGGUGAUGAUGUAAAACAUUCACCAAGAACAUGGGCCACAUCACCAGACUUCUCGGAUAUUACUCAACAAAUAAAACCUGGUGCUUCUAUGGAUCAUCCACGUUUUCCUAUCAUUUGGAAGGCAUCACAAUAA